CUCCAGCCGCAGCCGGGUACCGUCUCUUCUACCUGGGGCUAUGGUCCGCGCGCAGGCGCCGGCGACUCGGCCAUCGCCGCGGCCGCCGCUGCUACUGCUGUCGUUGUCGCUGUCGCUGCUACUGCUGUCCCCGACUGUACUCGGAGACUGCGGUCUGCCUCCAAACAUUCCUAAUGCCACGGCAAUCUUGCAUGGACACACCAAGUUUGCCGAGCAAACCGAAGUGACAUAUUCAUGUAAUGAUGGCUUUAAACAAAUUCCAGACAAGCCAAACACAGUGGUCUGCCUUGAAAAUGGCAAAUGGUCUGACUACCAAAUAUUCUGUGAUAAAACGUGUAAUGCUCCAGCAAGGGUGAAUUUUGCGUCCCUCAAAAAAGAGUAUCUCAACCUGAAUUUUUUCCCAAUUGGUAUCAUUGUGGAAUAUGAGUGUCGGCCAGGAUUUCGAAAACAACCUUCCAUCUCAGGAAAAUCAACUUGCCUUGAGGAGUUAGUGUGGUCUCCAGUUGCUCAAUUUUGUAAAAAAAAAGCAUGCCCUAAUCCUACAGAACUGACAAAUGGUCACAUCAACAUAUCAACUGACAUAUUAUUCGGCUCAGAAAUAAGCUUCUCAUGCAACCCAGGGUUCAGGCUAGUCGGCGCAUCCUCUACUUUCUGUUCUCUGAUCGAAAAUACUGUUGACUGGGACGAUGCAUUUCCAGUGUGCAUAGCAAUCUUUUGUCCAGACCCACCAAAAAUCAACCAUGGAGAAAUGCACGGGGAGAGCGACUCUUAUGUCUAUAGACAGGUGGUCACCUACUCAUGUGCCAAAGGCUUCACCAUGGUUGGAAAUUCUUCCAUUUACUGUACUGUGAACAAGUCUGAUCAAGGAGAGUGGAGUAGCCCAGCACCCAAGUGCAUAGAAAAAUUCAAGAACCCAACUGGGAAGCCAACAGUUAAUGUUCCAAGUGCAAGAAUCCCCACAACGUCUCAUAAACAUGUUCAUAUUCCUCGUACAGAAGCUCCAUCGACAUCUCAGAAACCUGUCACAGUUAGAGUUCCAGGUACAAAAGUCCCACCAAGGUCUCAGAAACCCACCACAGUUCAUGUUCCAGCAACACAGCAUGUCCCUGUUACCAAGACAACGGUGCGUCAUCCAACAAGAACAUCUACAGGCAAAGGAGAGUCUAACUCAGGUGGUGACCAUUUUAUAUAUGGACAUACAUGUUUAAUAACCUUGACAGUUUUGCAGGCGAUGCUAUUGCUCACUGGCUAGUUGACGUAGCCACCGAAGAGUUGAGAAGAAAGUAUAGACAACCACUGAGAAUACUUCUAGUUUGCUAGACUGUCCAGGAAGAAUGGAUACAAUAAAUUUAAUAGUGUUGUUUGUUCUGGUAUGCUGUCAUCGUCUUCAAGGUGUGUUAGAAAUGUUAACAAAACAAGAAGAAAGGAGUUUGUCUGGAAUGGUAUUCGCGAUGCAUAGAAGUCUCUUGAAAAUAUUUCAAAACUAGACAAAUUCACAACAUUGUAUGGUCUCUUUUCUAAAAAGUGUGGGAAAGUGUAGAAAAUUUUCAGACUAAGAUGGUAGUAUGGGAAGAGGUGAGUCAUGAUUUCUUAGCCUAGAUCUAUCUUGUUAGUUUAGCUUACAACGAAAAUAGGAAGCUAAACAUACUGAUUAGAUUGCCAAAGUAAAACAAAGUUCCCAAACAAAAUUUCUGUUCUUGUAAGCAGAAUCGCCACAGAGGUAGAACAUUCUAAUUUAACCCUUGACCUGAAGGUGUUUUCAUUUCUACUCUCCAUGAAAACAAGUUGGCAACAUAUUAUAAAGGAAGAGCAUGCUAACAAGCCAGCAGUGGGACGGGAAGUAGCUCCCUUGCAGUGCUUGUCCCAUGAGCCAAGUCCCUGGGCUCCUUCCCCAGCACACAGUUAUAAUCCCAGUGCUUGGGAGGUGAAGGCAAGAAAAUCAGUAGUUCAAGGUCAUUCUGGGUUACGUAGUGAGUUUCAGGCCAACCUGGGAUACCCAAGACUCUGUAGUAACAAACAAACAUCAUAGAUGGAUGGAUAGAAAUCGAUCGAUAGAUAGAUAGAUAGAUGAUAGAUAGAUAGAUAGAUAGAAAGGAAUGAAGAAUGUUGAGCCUUUUGAGUUAAUUGAUGGCAAAUGAAGAGGAUGUGGUUGGAGACCACCUUUAUUAAUUUACCUUUAAACACACAGA